AUCUCCACCACCCAAACACAACCUGCCCAAAACCUCAGAUUUCAUCAUUUCCUACCCACAUCUCUCCAUCUGCCCGCGCCACAGCAGCCAUAUUCUGUCGACCCCCGGCACGCAGCGUCACAACUGCCUUCUGUAGGGCGCUACCAGCAGUUUCGCCCCCGCGGAGCUUUUGAGGGACGGUUUCACGCGCCUGACGCGACGCCUACGUCAACGGCUCUGCUCGCGUACGAGGCUCAAGUUCGCCGUCUAGGCUUGAACUUUUGCGUCUCUCUUUUUGGCGCGUGUUGAGAGACAUUUUGAAACGUGCGUCUGCCUGACUGGCGACGACGUCGUUUGUUUCGAGGAUUGGGGGAUUCUGUCGCGCGUUUGGAAUCGGACGUUCGCCACUAUAGUCGUGAUCUAGUGCAGUCUGCUUCGUAAAACCACAUGUCCAUCUGGCAGGACAGACAGGCUUUGUUUCCUCCGCAACAGUAGACAAUCGGUCAAAGUCCACGCGACCCCUCCGGCACGUUUCCCAUCACAGGCAUCGCCAUGUCUGGUAAGCGAUCCACGUCCAGCUCACAGCCCUCGCGAGGAGGACGCCGCACGCAUACAGUCCUUUGGGGCGGCUGGAACGCGUUCAGCACAAGAGGAGCAUUACUGACAAGGUCCGCGUCAACAGGCGAAGCAGAACCCCGGCGCUCCGUCCGGGCGACCAAGGGGCAGCACACGAAAUCCUUUGACGAGCUCGAGCCCGCCGCGCCAAAGCGACGACAGACCAAGAAGAGCAAGAAGGCGCUGGAGAAGGAGCAGUCGCAGGAGCCGGACGAGGUGAUACGGUGCGUCUGCGGUGCCACCGAGCAGGACGAGGACUCGGGCGAGGCCUGGAUCUCGUGCGAGACGUGCUUCGUCUGGCAGCACAAUGUCUGCGUCGGUGUGAGCUCCUUUGAGGACGAGAUUCCCGAGAACUACUGGUGCGAGCGAUGCCGACCUCAGGACCACAAGGAGCUCCUUGAGGGUAUGGCCCGCGGCGAGAAGCCGUGGGAGGCCCGCCGCAAGGCUCACGAGCUGGAAGAGGCCGAGCGAAAGAAGAAAAAGGGCGGCAGGAAAGCCAAGGGCAAGAGAACUAGCGACCCCAAGGACGAGCUGGACAAGGAGACGACGAGGAGCAAGUCCAAGGCCUCACCGACGCCCGACGCCGCCGGACCCAAGGACAAGAAAGACGCCGCCCCGAAGCAGGUCAAGCGCAAGACUCGCGACGACUCGCACGACAUGGACGGAAAGUCUGCCAAGCUCAGACGAACAUCGGAUCGGGACGCCAUCCCAGUGUCGUCGACCAAGUACACGCCGCCGAACGACCUGGCGACGUCUGUGACGACGCUCCCUGGACAGCGAGUUGGCCCGGCCAAGGCGCUCAAGAAGUCGUUGACACACGUCAUCACAGCCAUGGUCAAGAAGCAGGAGCUUGAGGUCCCCGAGGACGAGACAGAAGAUAACAUGGCGGAAAAAUACGCGCUGCAGAUCGAGCGUGCUGUGUUCGACACACACCCGGUGGCCAACGGGAACAAGGAGUACAGCCAGCAGAUAAAAUCGCUGGCGUUCAACCUCAAGAACAAUCCCGAGAUAUGCCGCGGCCUGGUGGACGGCGUGCACUCUCCCACGACCCUCGCCGUUAUGACGUCGGAGCAGCUCGCGUCGGCGGAGCUCCAGCGUCAGACGGCCGAGAUGCGAGCAAAGGCCGAGAAGCAGUCGAUCCUGUACACGCAGGAUACGGGUCCGCGGGUGCGCCGGACGCACAAGGGCGAGGAGGUGGUGGAGGACGAGAGCGUCAUCAAUGACGCGCCGAUGCCCAUGGCGGGAGGCCCUCGACGAGGCGGCACCACGGCGGGGGCGGCUGGCGACCGACAGUCGCCCACGGUGAAGCGCGAGUCGGUGAGCGGUGAGGCAGGGGCCAGGCCGCCGUCUCAGGGAGGAGGAGGAGGAGAUGGCGGCGGACAGUCCCCGACACAGUCCAAUUUCGACAUCAAAAAGGUCUUUUCGACGGUCAAGUCUCCAACGGCAGCGCACAAUCGGCGGCCAUCAGCGCCGGCCGUCCACACCAACGGGCCGGGCUUCGACCCGGACGUGGACCGGCUGCUGCAGGACGAGACCGAGUCACCACCGUACUCGCCGACGGAGGAGUCGCACGACCCAGACGUGGUGUGGAAGGGUUCGCUAGCAAUGAGCUCCAUCGCCGACUUCGCGGCGACCGCCAAGCACGUCGGCGGCGCCGAUUUUAGCAACUUUGGCCCAUGGUCCAAGCUGAUACCCAAGCGCAUGACGGUCGCGGGCCGCAUUCAGCAGCAGAAGGCCAUCGAGUACCUGUGCAGCCUGCGGUACAGCAAUCUGACCGAUAUUAUCGUCGUCAGCAUCGCCCCCGCAUCGGCCGACUCGCGGUCCGAGUUCAACGCCCUCGUCGACUACUUCCUCAGUAAGGGUCGGUAUGGCGUUGUGGGCGACAAGGUGGCCGGCAACGUGCGCGACACGUACCUUGUGCCCGUUCCCGCGGGCGAUGACGAGCAUCCCGAGUUCAUGCUCAACCUCGUCGACAACCACAUCCCCAAGUCGCGCGCGGAGCCUAUGUUGCUGGCCGUGUUCGUGUACCGCAACGACCCGGAACAGCUUCGCCAGGCGCAGGAGGCUUCGGCCAUGCAGGCGCUGCACCACGCGGCGGCAUCGCCCACGCCCGCGUCCGCGGCGUACGGAAGCCAGCGCAGCAACUCGACGUCUGGACCAGCCUUUUCCCCAGCGACGCCCCAAGGCCCGUUUGCGCAACAGAGCUUCUCGCCUGGGCAGUCUGUGUCGGCCCAUUCUGCAACGCCGGUACCCAUCCCGCAGCCGCCUCACACAGCGCGACCAGCGGCGGCCCCUCCACAGGGAGGCCCAUCACCACCGACUGGGGCUGGCGUGCCGACGACACCGAGCCUGAGCCAGUCGCCGCCUACAGAGGAACAAAAGGUGCAGAUGCAGAAGGAAGGACAAGCCAUGGCGGCUGAGGUGCUAGGCCCGGUAUUCAUCGCAGUGCCGACGGUGCAGUUCAUCCUGCCGCAGGCUUUCCAGAUGUCGCGGCGCGAAUGGGAAGUGGUGCGUGGCAUCUACGAGCGCGAGCCGCGCGCGCGCGAGGAUCUACAGUACCUGGGUGCGCUCCUCGAGAAGCAGAGCGCAGACCAGCGCGCGGAGUCUGGCGGUGCGGCGGCGGCGCCAACUGCUACGGCAGCAGCGACGAGCAUGGCGGCGCGCAAGGCGGCGUAGAUGGACGCGCCCAUCUCGCGGCGACGUGUCAUGCCAGGCGUUCUUGGAACAGAUGAUGAGGAUCUUGUGAUGACGGGGCUUUCUUUUCAUGGUUUCGACCUCAUUUCCGUUUCUGUUCAGUGUAUACCCCCUCUUGUGUCGUUGAUGUUUUAUCAGAGGGAAAGGGGGGGACUCACGUGCACGCGUACGCGCACGCGCGCGUCCUCGACCGGCGUUUAUUAGGUCGCCUCCGCGACUGACUGGGGGGCGGGCGGCGGUUUGUUACUUUCAACGUGGGGGACCGCCCCACGACUGUCGAUUACAGUGACGAUGACGACAAGGGAAGGAUUCACGUGGGGUGCUGGCAGCGUGCUACUACCUGCUGUUGUGGACAGUUAGUUGUUGUCGUUUCCGUGGGUGCCAUUCUGUGGCGUUUGAGGGUGAUUGUAGGAGGCACCUGCCAGCCUACUUUCGAGUAGCCACGAUACCUUGACUUGGCUUGGGGGGCGUGCCUGGUACUGGUGUAGAAAUUAAAAUUGUCUAUGAUUACUG